AUGCCACCACUGGAUAAGAGAAUUAAGAAGUUUUUAAAGGACUCCAUUAGAAUUGCGCCCAAGAUAUCCGGUAAGGGCGAAUUGAGUGAAUUACGAACUGGUUUAGUUUCUCAAUACCCACAGACCCGGAAAGAUGCAAUCAAGAAAACGAUCCAGCAAAUGACGUUGGGAAAAGAUGUCUCUUCGCUUUUCCCAGAUGUCUUAAAAAACAUUGCCACGAUUGAUGUUGAGCAGAAAAAAUUGGUUUAUCUUUAUGUGAUGAAUUAUGCUGAAACACAUCCCGAGUUAUGUAUUCUCGCCGUUAACACAUUCAUUACUGAUGCACAAGAUCCCAAUCCCUUAAUUCGUUGUAUGGCAAUCAGAACGAUGUCAAUGAUAAGAGUUGACAAAAUCCUCGAAUACAUUGAAACACCUCUUCGCCGUACCUUGCAUGAUGAUAAUGCGUAUGUCAGAAAAACCGCCGUAAUAUGUGUGGCAAAACUUUUCCAAUUAAAUAAGGAUUUAUGUGUUGAGUUGGGUGUCGUUGAGGAUUUGGUUAAUGCCUUAGAUGACUCAAAUCCCCUCGUGAUUGCAAACGCAACAGCAGCAUUAAUUGAAAUUUACAAUAUGGAUAUGGAUGCGGUUGAUCUUUCAAGUUUGAUUCAGUCGCACGUUUCGCAGUUCUUACUGGCUUUGAACGAAUGUACGGAAUGGGCGAGAAUUAUCAUACUAGGAACUCUUUCCGAAUAUUCGGCAAAAGAUUCUUUAGAGGCACAGGAUAUCAUUGACCGAGUAACUGCACAUUUGCAACACGUUAACCCAGCCGUUGUUCUGGCUACAAUAAAGGUGAUCGUAAGAAAUUUGCCUCAAAUCGAAUAUUCCUCGAACAGUCUGAUAAUGAAAAGAUUAUCAUCUGCUCUUGUAUCACUGAUGUCUACUCCGCCUGAAAUGCAAUAUGUUGCUUUGAAAAACAUUAGAAUCAUAUUAGAAAAGUACCCAGAGCUAUUAACCAAAGAAUUGAGGAUAUUUUAUAUCAAAUUCAACGAUCCACUUUACGUGAAAUUGGAGAAGAUAGAUAUUCUCGUGAGACUAGUCGAUCCUUCCAACUUAAAACAAUGUACUUUGUUGUUGACGGAACUGAAGGAAUAUGCAAUGGAAUAUGAACCCGAGUUUGUUUCAAGGGCUAUUCAAGCUUUGUCUCAAUUAGGUAUUAAAUAUGCACAAGAAUCGUUUGUCGGUAAGGUCUUAGAUAUUCUUUUAGAAUUGUUAGAAAGGCAAGAUACAAUAAAAGACGACUGCUGUAUAUCAUUGUGUGAUUUAUUGAGACAUUGCCCCGAAAAUGAUAAGAUGGCCAAACAAGUUUGCGCAGUAUUUAACACUUGGUCAAAUCCUGAAGUGUUAUUACAAUCAGAUAUUGCAAAGUGUAACUAUGUUUGGUUGUUAGGACAGCAUCCAAACAAUUUUUCCAAUUUAGAGUCAAAAAUUAAUAUCUUUGUAGAAAAUUUUGUUCAAGAAGAAGCUUUGACACAGAUGUCCUUGUUAAUGACAGUAGUCAGAUUACAUACCACUUUAACGGGUAGUGUGCUACAAAGUGUCCUGGAACUAGCCACACAACAGACACAUGAAUUAGAUGUCCGAGAUAUGGCUAUGAUGUAUUGGAGAUGUCUUUCAAUGCCAAAUAAUGAAAGUUUGAUUAGCAAUCUAUGUCAAAAUAAACUCCCAAUGAUCUCCAAUACACUGGAGAAUUUCUCACCAGAAGUUCUGGAGAAACUACUAAAGGAGUUGGGUACUAUAAGUUCUAUUUACUUCAAACCUAACUCAAAUAGGAAAAAAGGCAAAAAGUACGUCCAAAACAUAGUUAAAGGAAAGCAUAUAGAGGAACUGGAAAGCAUGGCGAAAAACGAAAUAUCCAGUAAGGCGAAUGAUGAUGUGCUGUUAGAUUUUGAUGACAGAGAUGAUGUAACGAAUACAAAUACAGGAAUGCUGAAUGCUUCGACCACUCUGGGCGAUUUGGAUGAUUUAUUUGAUUUCGGACCUUCUGAGGAUGCCACACAAACAAAUACAAAUGGUACCAAGACUGUUCAAGGGUUGAAGGAGCUGAAACUAGGUGACAAUUCAAAUAAUAUACCUUCCAGUGGUAAAAACAAUCUGGAUGCUUCGGGCAGCAGUGUAGUCUCACAGGAUCUGCUUGAUUUAUUUUGA